UCGGACUGAAAAACAUAAUUAUUAUUUUUUUAUUUAUACGGUGACGAUACGUUGAGACAUCAUGGCGGGAAGUUGCAGCAGUGUUAUCCAGGCGACAGUUUUACUUCAAAGUCGGUUCUACUGUUCUCGUCCGUUGAGGCACUUUCUUGUAUGUUUAAUUAAAAAACAAAAAACCAGCAGACAUGGAAAAAAUAAGACGGAGAUAGUUAAAAAUUAUUGAAAUUCUUCGAUAUAACGAUUGAACUUGAAAAGACUUUCCAAAGGGGACUUAAAAAUGCCACCAGCUUUUUACUCCUGGCUCUUCCUUGUCUCCGGGCUAUGCUUUGCAACGUUCGGCCUCUCUUUCUGCCUCGUCGCUUUUCUGUCGAGCCUUUUCUUCUUCCUCGGGGUGGUUGUCCAGAUGUACUUGCGUCAGAAGGCCGGCUACGAAGAAUACGUGAAACAUGAGAGGUUUGCCUUCCAGUCCUACGUUUACGAGGCAGUGGAGAAGAUGAAGAAGGAUAAACAAGAGUUAAAACAUGACAAAAGGUUGACCGGCUCCUACGUCAUAGAUGAACAGCUCCAGGACAUCAUCUCGUUUAUAAUACGUGACUACGUCUACCCGUGGUACGACCAGUUGAGCGACAACGAAGAGGUGCCUCACGAGAUACGAGUUGCAGUGCAAAAUGUCAUAGUCGCCUUUGCAAACAGGAUGAAAGAGGCAGACUGGAUACCGUUUCUAACGACUCAGAUCGUUGAUGACGCCGCAUCCCACCUUCGUCUCUACAGGCAGGCACGUUCCCGUCUCAAAUCGCUUCCGGCCAACUCGAAGAUGACUCUCGAGGACGCCUUUUUCGACCUCGAGCUUGCCAUGGAGAACAACACCGUGUGCAGGGACCACGUGUGCAACAACCCGUCCCUCCAGAGGUGCUACCUGGAACAGUUGACGGACAUCGUUCUCUUUUACCUCAGCCCCGAAGUCGAAUUCCAUUGCCUCGCCCUCAGGUACAUCACGAGGGAACUGAUCGUCAACUCGGUCCUCAUACCCCUCAUCAAUAAGCUCUCAGACCCGGAUUACAUCAACCAGAUGAUUAUAUGGCUCUGCAAGGACCUGACGAUAACGUCCGAGGUGUUCCUGACGGUGCUCAAAGUCGCCGACAACGUUGACGAGCUGCUGGCAACGAAGGAUGUGCUCAACAAGGAGAUCGCGACGCUUGUGAGUAACAGAUUUGAUUCUGCUCACGGCGAUUCAAUCAUUUCAAGAUUCCUUGAUUAUCUACAAUUCUUUGACUGAAACACAAUGACCCUCAUAACUAUUGAACUAUUCAUUUGUUUACUCAAGGAAUGAUUCAUUUGUAAAUGAACGCUUUACAUUCACUGAACUAUUCAUUGACCAACAGACUGAACGAGGGAAAAAUCUGAGAGAGAGCAUCU